CCGCGUGGCUCAAUGUGGAGAAAAGGUUGGUGUUGGUGCACCGUGGGAAGCAAGGCCCGGAUCCAGAGGACCGGGGGAGAAUGUCCGCUCAGCGAUUUGUAAAAUCAACUGCAGCGGCAGAAAGAAUUUUCCCGGGGAUUGUAGUGGGUUAACAACUCGACAGGAAGAAGUGACAAACGUGCACCGUGUUUAUUCUGCGUUGUUGCGGUUUACAGACAGCAAACGUCGCAUCGCAAUAAUUCAGUGGAUAAUGUGGAUUUUCGAUAACGUAAUACUGCGGUAAUAACAGUAAUUACUACAAGCUGGAAGACUGCCUUACCGCAGCGGAAGAGUGUGUGUGUGUGUGUGUGUGUUCGAGGAGUGGGCGUGUUUUCAUCCACAUAACGGGACAGGUCGAAGGGGGGAAAGAAUAGUCGAGACAGUUUUUCCUGGAACCGUGCUUGGUUAGCGAAACAUCCAAUUCAAACAUUAUCUAAACUACUGUAAGAGGCGGAGGAACGGCGAACUAGCGGGAAGCUCGCGAGCGGCUGCAGCCAGCGGACGUUCCAAAUGAGCCGUUAAAGAGGAACGCGUCAAACCCUCCGAAGUACCCUGCGCGUACCACUGCAACGCGUUAAGUGAUUCUGUUUCUUUUCGAGAGGACGCCGGGAUGCAAAGCGACAAAUCGGAGCCGAGCGAAGCCCGCGGCGCCGAGUGCGUGAGCGCGAGCGACCGCGAGAAGAAAGCGCUGCGGGCGGCGGCGGCGGGGCCGGGAGGUCCCGACCCGCAAGGGAUCAGCGCGGUCGCGGUGCUCUGGACGUUUGGGAAAUGUCUGGGCGCCUUGCUGCCCGUCUACCUGGCCGGCUACUACCGGGUCAGCACCAGCCUCCUGGUGUUCGGGAUGAUGGUGUACACGGGAUGGAAGCAUGCCCGAGAGGCCAAGGAGACGCGCCUGAGGUCGGCCAUGCAGCUGCUCGACAACGAGGAGGCGUACAUGUCCACGAAGUCGUUCAAAGGGAAGCGAGGCCUCCCCGAGUGGGUCAGCUUUCCAGAUGUUGAGAGGGUGGAGUGGCUAAAUAAGGUGAUGCAUCAGGUGUGGCCAUUUGUUGGUCAAUACCUUGAGAAGCUGCUGGUGGAAACCAUUGCUCCAUCUCUCCGAGCCCAAAAUGCCCACCUCCAAACGCUCAGUUUUACCAAAGUGGACAUGGGAGACAAGGCCAUGAAGGUCGUAGGGAUCAAGGCACACACUGAGAAUGACCAAGGACAAGUCCUGCUAGAUCUGUAUAUUAGCUAUGUUGGCAAUGUGGAGAUCAAUGUUGAAGUGAAGAGAUACUUCUGCAAAGCUGGGGUCAAAGGAAUACAGCUGCAUGGGAUGAUGCGGGUGAUUCUGGAGCCCCUGAUCGGAGAUGUUCCCAUCGUGGGUGCGGUCACCAUGUUUUUCAUCCAGCGGCCUAAACUGGACAUCAAUUGGACUGGACUCACUAACAUGUUGGACAUCCCUGGACUGAAUGUCAAGUCGGACAGCAUGAUUAUGGAUGCCAUUGCCUCUUUCUUGGUUCUGCCCAACCGCCUGGUUAUCCCCCUGGUUCCAGGCCUGCAUGUGGCCCAACUACGCUCUCCUUUGCCCAGGGGUGUGGUACGCAUCCACCUGCUGGAGGCACAGAAUCUAGCAGCCAAGGACAACUACGUGAAAGGGGUUAUUGCCGGCUUGUCUGACCCCUAUGCCAUAUUGAGGGUGGGCCCUCAGACCUUCACCUCCAAACACGUUGACAACACAGACUCUCCCAAGUGGCAAGAGAUUUACGAGGUUAUAGUCCAUGAAGUGCCUGGUCAGGAGUUGGAGGUGGAGGUAUAUGACAAAGACACAGACCAGGAUGAUUUCCUGGGAAGGACCAAGUUGGAUUUAGGCAUUGUGAAGAAAUCCAUAGUUGUUGAUGAUUGGUUCAACUUGAAAGAAACUCCAACGGGACGAGUUCAUUUCAGACUGGAGUGGUUGGCACUGCUGCCUGGUACUGAUCGACUGGAGCAGAUGCUGAAAAGGAACGAAAGCGUCACCAGCAAGACUGCGGAUCCUCCUUCUUCUGCCAUCUUGGUUAUAUAUCUGGAUAAGGCUGAGGCACUUCCAAUGAAGAAGGGAAAUAAGCAGCCCGAUCCCAUAGUGCAGUUGUCUGUACAAGACAUCACUAGAGAGAGCAAGACUUGUUACACAACCAUAAAUCCAGAGUGGGAGGAAGCUUUCACUUUCUUCAUCCAGGAUCCACGCAAGCAGGACAUAGACAUCCAGGUGAAGGAUGCCGACCGUGUGCAGACUCUGGGCAGUCUGACCAUCCCUUUGUCCCGUCUGCUGUCCAAUGCUAAUCUUUCUCUGGACCAGUGGUUCCAGUUGGACAAGUCUGGAUCUGCCAGUCGCAUUUAUAUCAACACAGUUCUCAGGGUCCUGUGGUUGGAUGAGGAACGGGUUGCAUCUGAUGUGUCAUCUACUGUGGAGUCUAAAAUGUCCAGACAGCUGCCCCAGCAGACUUCCCCUCAUCCUAGCUUUGCCACAGAGGGACUGCUUAGAAUUCACCUAUUGGCAGGAACAAACCUUGUCCCGAAAGACAACCUAAUGGGAGGCAUGGUAAAAGGCAAAAGUGACCCCUACGUCAAGAUCAACAUCAGUGGCGAAACAUUCGUAAGCCGGGUUAUAAAGAGUAAUCUUAACCCUGUGUGGAAUGAAAUGUACGAGGUGAUUCUCACCCAGCUGCCUGGCCAAGACCUGCAGAUUGAAGUGUUCGAUAAAGACAUGGACAUGAAGGAUGAUUUCAUGGGCCGGCUGAAGAUCAACCUGAAGGACAUCAUUGACUCACAGUUCACUGAUCAGUGGUACACUCUCAGUGAUGUGAAGUCUGGUCGAGUUCACCUGAUCCUGGAAUGGGUGAUGGCAGCGCCACAGUCCGACAGAUUGGACCAGGUUCUUCAGUUCUAUUCCCGGCAGUCGUACCAGAACAAAGCGGUUCCCUCAGCAGGCCUGCUGUUUGUCUUCAUAGGGCAAGCAGACGGUUUACCAGUCAAGAAGAGUGGUAAGGACCCAAAAGUAGGAGCAGAAGUUACCCUUGGAGCAAAUUCCCGCAAAACAACAGUGUGUGAUCGUACCACAACACCGGAGUGGAAUGAGGCAUUCUGCUUCUUGGUUCGAGACCCCAGAGAAGAUAUUCUUGUUGUUAAGCUCUCCCACAGCUGGACGUUGCCCAUUGGUUCCCUGGUGGUUCCGAUCAGAGAGCUGCUCUCUGAGCCAGAGCUGGUCCUGGACCAGUGGUUCCAUUUGGAUGGAACUUCACCUGAGAGUCGGGUUCUUCUCAGAGUAGAACUCAAGAUGCUGAUCCCCCACAAAUGUCCCACUACAACUGACAAGGUUAUUGUCACUUCCGACCCUUCCCCUGCUUCAAGAAAACAGGAAAUAGACACAGUGCUUAGGUCAAGUUCAGUGGACGUUCCUCCUGUGGAGAAUAUCGCUUCCUCAGCAACCCUACAUGAAAGUGUUGAUGUAAAGAAAAUGGCAGCGGAUGUGACUAAAGAUGAGGUGGAAGAACUACCAAGCCCUGCCAUAAAACAACCUCCUCACACUUCCCCAGACUUCAGCUUUGCCAGUGAGGGGCUGCUGAGAAUUAUUCUGUUGGAGGCCCAAUGUCUGGUGGCCAAAGAUAACAUGAUGGGUGGUAUGGUGAAAGGCAAAAGUGACCCCUAUGCAAAGAUCAAUGUUGGAGGAGUUGCAUUUCUGAGUAAUGUGAUCAAGGAGAAUCUCAACCCAGUCUGGAAUGAGAUGUAUGAGGUAGUGCUGAGGCCUCAGGCAGGACAAGAGGUGCAAGUUGAGUUGUAUGACAAAGACAUGGACAAAGAUGACUUCCUGGGCAGAUAUAAAAUCAGUGUGGCAGACAUCAUCCACUCUCAAUACACAGACCAGUGGUACACCCUAAAUGAGGUGAAGUCAGGACGUGUCCGCCUGAUACUGGAGUGGGUACCAGCAGUGUCGCAUGACAACAGCCUGGACCAAGUGAUGCAGGUGCAGUCUCUCCAGUCUUUCCAGAACAAGGCUGUUCCCUCUGCAGCGCUGCUCUUUGUUUAUGUUGACAGAGCACACUCCUUGCCUUUGAAGAAAAGUGGAAAGGAGCCCAAGGCUGGAGCCGAGCUGGUUUUUGGUAAAACCACCUACAAAACUAAGGUAUGUGACCGCUCCAGAUCACCUCAGUGGGAUGAGGCCUUCUGCUUCCGGGUUCGCAACCCCAGAGACGAGAUGCUCAUCAUAAAAUUGUCGAGCGCCUGGGACCAGCCAAUGGGAUCUAUUGUAGUGUCUGUGAGAGAGCUGCUCUCUAAACCACAGCUGGUCCUGGACCAGUGGAUGCCUCUGGAUGGAGCCCUACCCGAAAGUCAGAUCUUACUGAGGGCCGAACUCAAGGUCCUGAGCUCAAGGAUGACUGAGGCUCCACAGCCUUCGGCUCCCGGUUCAAAGAAGGACAAGGCGGAUUUUUCCACAGCCAGUGGGGACAAAAAAAGCUCAGAGCUAAAAAAAGAUGAAUCGAUUGCCGUAUCCAGCCAGUUUGAACACUCCGAAGCAGCAGAUGCUGCGGCCCCUGCAGAGGACGCUGUUCCCGCUGAACCAGCUGCCAUUAACACUGAACGUGAUCCCUCCCCUCCUGCUGCGCGGGAGGAGGAGCAAACAGAUCCACAAGAGCAUCCCACAGAGUCAGACACGGGAGCUAAAAGAGACCUUGAACCGCAGAAAAUAUUAACAGCAGGCACUGGUUUAGGAAACCUUGCUCAAGCCACAGUGACUUGUCUUCCCACUGACGCCGUGGGGCCAGCAGACCUCACAGAAAUCCCCAAAGCUAGAGAAACUCUUCAACCACACACAACCCCCCAAAAGGACUUUGGCAAAGAGGGGCUGCUGAGGAUUCACCUGCUGGAGGCCCAGAAUCUGGUCGCCAAAGACAACCUGAUGGGGGGCAUGGUGAAGGGCAAGAGCGACCCCUAUGUCAAGAUCAACGUGGGGGGUGUCACAUUUAAAAGUCACGUCAUCAAGGAGAAUCUGAACCCAACGUGGAAGGAAAUGUAUGAGCUGGUUUUGCUUGAGCGCAGCGGGCAGGAGAUCAAAGUUGAAGCAUUUGAUAAGGAUUUAGAUACGGAUGACUUCCUUGGAAGAUUCAGUAUCAAGCUAAAUGAGGUCAUCACAUCGCAGUACACGGAUCAGUGGUACACUCUGAAUGAUGUGAAGUCUGGUCGGGUCCACCUGAUACUGGAAUGGGUUCCUACAGUGUCACAUUCAGUCAGACUUGACCAGGUGCUGCAGCUUCAAUCUCUCCAGUCCUACCAAAACAAAGCUGUGCCCGCAGCUGCCCUCCUUUUUGUCCUCUUGGAGAGAGCACAUUCUUUACCUUUGAAGAAGAGUGGAAAAGAUCCCAAAGCAGGAGCUGAACUUGUUUUGGGUGAAACAACCUACAAAACCAAACUGUGUGAGCGCAGCACCAAUCCUCAUUGGAAUGAGUGUUUUUACUUCCUGGUCCACGACCCUAAACAUCAGAUGCUUGUAGUAAAGUUGUCCAGUGGUUGGGACCAGCCAAUGGGAUCACUGGUGAUUCCUGUGAAUGAGCUGCUUGCCGAGCCACACCUGGUCCUGGAUCAGUGGUUCCACCUGGAUGGAGCCACACCUGAUAGUCAAAUCCUGCUCAGGGCUGAACUCAAGGUUCUACAUUCCAAAAUGGUGGAUAUGAUUGGUCCGGGGACUCUGCCGUGUGUUGCCUCUGGCUGUGGGCAGGUGAAGUUGUCUCUCUCUUAUGCCUCGCAGGAGAGACAUCUCAUCGUCAUCGUCCAUGCCUGCAGAGGUCUGUUGUCUCAAAGUAAGGAUGGAGUAGACAGCUACGUCUCCCUUAUGCUGCUGCCAGACAAAAGCAAGGCCACCAAGAGGAAGACCGCAGUGAAGAAAAGAGACCUCAACCCAGAAUACAAUGAGAGGUUUGAGUACAAUCUGUCUGUGGAUGAGAUGAGGUUCAAACGCCUCAUUCUAUCAGUGAAGAAUAAUUCAGCCUCGUUCAGGAGCCGAGACGUCAUUGGACAGGUGCAGAUCGAGUUGGGCCAGGUUGACCUGAUGUCUGGUGUCACAGAAUGGUUUACCCUGAAAGAUGAAGCCGAAUAGUUGUAAUGCCCCUGAUUGUCCAAUGACGAUAUCACCACUCUACCUGGGGCUGCACCACUGCUGCAGCCCCCAAUGAUGCCUUCUCCUUCCCACAAUGAUGCCUUCUCCUUCCCAUCUCUGCAUUUAACGGCCUUGCCUGUAUUCACACGGCUCCCCAUGUAUUACCAUGUAGAAUAGAAUUGAACUACAAUGUAUAUUCAGAUAUAUAUCAAUAAUCUCACCAAAGACAAGUAUGCUGAUGAAGCUUAGUUGACAAGGAAAGACUGACAGUUCAAAUUAAUUGAAGGUUAUUUACUAUAUGAAGAGAUAGUAGUUUGAAGUAAAAGUGUAGCAAGUGAAGGAUGAACGGAUCCAGAAAGAAUAAAGUCAUAUUACAUUGUUUUGUUUGCUUUUCUCAGUGUGAGAAUCUCAUCUGUCAUCUGAAGUGCAUUUUUGUUGGUUCUGUUCUGUCAGGCUGACUUCGAUGUUAUUUUAUCUUUCACAGCGCAUUGCUAUGUUUUAAAUUGCUUUUGAAAAUUUAUAUAUCAUUGUUUUUUUUAAGACACAUUUUUAGUUACUACUUCACAGUUCUGUGAUGUUUGAUUUUGUGUAAAUCUGCAAAGAUUUUGAAUGAGAUCCAAUGUUGCUUGUUGAAAGCUGGUAUGUCAAAAAUAAACAGAAUUGGCACAUCUCA